GCGGUUCCCGUCGGGAUGCCGGGGGCGGUGCGGCUCCGCCAGCGCCGCUCGGUGCUGUACAGCUCCCCCGGCGGGGCCGCCGCGCAGCCAGGCGCCGGUGUCGCCGCGCCCGCACCGCUGCUGGCGCUCGCCGUGGCCCUGCGGGCGCUCAACUGCGUCCUCGUCCGGACCAGCUUCGUCCCGGACGAGUACUGGCAGUCGCUGGAGGUGGCGCAUCGCAUGGUCUUCAAUUAUGGUUACCUGACUUGGGAAUGGGCAAAUAGUUUAAGGGGUUACUCGUAUCCACUGAUCUUUGCAAGCAUCUACAAAGCGUUACAGCUGCUGGGCAAGGAUGAUGUUCAGCUGCUGAUCUGGGUCCCUAGGCUUGCUCAGGCAGUGCUGGCUGCUUUUGCUGAUGUGAAGCUUUACUUGUUAGUGCAACACCUCGAAAAUGCAGAAACAGCAAAGUGCGUGUUCUUCUGCCAGCUGUGUUCCUGGUUUACAUGGUAUUCCUGUACCAGAACUCUCACAAACACCAUGGAAACUAUUCUUACCGUUUUUGCUCUUUCAUACUAUCCGAUAAAAGGUUCCAAGAUGGGAAACAGUUGCAAAUAUUUAGCUUUGGUAGCACUUGCAAUUGUUAUUCGUCCCACUGCUGUUAUCCUGUGGAUGCCUUUGGUCUUCAGCCACUUUUUGCAAGAACAGAGGAAAGCAGACCUUAUCCUACGAAACUGCAUUCCAGUUGGAUUGGUCACAGUAGGAACCUCUUUAAUAAUUGACCGUGUGUUUUUUGGUGAGUGGGUACUGGUUCAGCUGAACUUCUUGAAAUUCAACGUGCUGCAGAAUUUGGGAACAUUUUAUGGAUCUCACCCUUGGCACUGGUACUUCACUCAGGGACUCCCAGUCAUCCUGGGUGCCCACCUGCCUUUCUUUAUUCAUGGCUGUGUGCUGGCACCAAAACGAUACCGCAUCUUCCUGGUGGCUGUGAUCUGGACACUGGUGGUGUACAGCACACUAAGCCACAAGGAGUUCAGGUUCAUCUAUCCAGUACUGCCAUUCUGCAUGUUUUUUUGUGGAUAUUCUUUGAAACACUUGAAAGCAUGGAAGAAAUCUGCAGCAAGUUUCCUGCUCUUAUCCAAUCUCCUCCCAGCCCUGUAUACAGGCUUGAUUCACCAGCGAGGCACUCUGGAUGUCAUGAGUCACAUACAGCAGCUCUGUCACAACUCUGACCAGUCACAAGCCUUUGUCUUCAUCAUGAUGCCGUGCCACUCUACUCCAUUUUACAGUCAUGUUCACUGUCCUCUAAAAAUGAGAUUCCUUCAGUGUCCUCCAGACCUAACGGGCAGUGAGAACUACACUGAUGAAGCAGAUGUGUUUUACUCUGAUCCACUUGGCUGGCUCAAUAAGGAGUUUUACAAUGACACGUUAUUACCCAGUCACUUGAUCCUCUUUAAUGUGCUAGAACAGGAAAUAUCACCAUUUCUAGCUUCAAGAGGCUAUGAGAAAACAGCCACUGUCUUUCAUACUCAUGUGCCUCAAGGACGAGUUGGAAGCCACAUCUCUGUUUACAGGAGAAAAGCUAAAAUACCUGAAGAGUUUCUAGAACUGAGAGCUAAUGAGAUCAGUUUUGCACAGCAGUAACUAUGCCUAGAAGGAGAGAGUAGUGAGUCUGAAACUGGGUAAGUUGAAUGGGAAUUCUGAUUAGGCAGCCACUGCCUGCCUGGAAACACUGAACGCCUUCCUGAAGGCAACUUCAGUAGCAAUAGGGCAGGGUGGGGUUGCUGACCUACCUUACAACACCAGAAAACAUUGGGAAGACCAAAGUUACCAUAUAAAUACUUACACAAUCAAAAAAUAGACAAGAUUGGACCAUUUUUAUAGAACUGUACAGCUAUGCUAAGUUUGUUUUAUAAAUAAAGACUUUUACCCGCAA